CGGAUUGUGUCCAUUCGAAAGCGCAGUGGGAUAAAAACACCGCAUAUUUCCCCAAUUGUCUCUCGCUUUUAACUACUUUCCUUCUUUUGUAUUCUUUUCUUUUUCCUUUUUAUUUCAAGUUCUUCAUAAAUAUAACAUUUCUUUCUCAUUUCUUCCACAUUUUCCCUUUUUUUUUCCUUCUUGUGUUUUUACGUAUCAUCUCCUUUUCUUUAUAUUGUUUGUAUUACUGCAGCUUUUUUUUUCUUUUUAAGUCCCAAUUCGUUUUUAUCCCGAUAUGAAACUGUCCACACACUCACACCACCCAGCGUACCAACACUUUGCAUAUCCCAAUAAAUUGACCCUCACCAAAAAACGGCGCGCUUUGCCACCUCACUCCAAAACACCGGUACAUCUCAAGUCUCGAAGGUCGUCAGAAACGGGCUUGUUCUCAGACAGCCACUGGAAGGAGGAUGAAUACACCGGGUUUUUAGCCGAGUUACGGAAAGAGGCUUAUACCGAGUUGCAUCAACAGAUGCAGUCUUACAAUGAUACUUUUGUGGCCCAAAUGCGGCAUUUGGAAGAAAAAAGCCCCAACAGCCUUUUAGUUCCAGCCGACGACAGUUACAACGGGAAACCUUGUCUUGAAGAGACAGAUGGACAAGAACGAGCCAUUCAAGAACUUAGUGACAUGCUUGAAGCUGGAACUAUCAAGGAUUACAGUCGACUGGUGGAAUGGCAACUGUGUCAGAAUCCUCAUCUUGUGACGGAAGACCAAGGUGGACAUGGCGACUUGUGGUGAUACCAUUUUAAUUGCAUCGCAACUUGCCCUCCAACAUGGUCUCUUUAAGUCUCUCUAUUAUGUCACUCUGCUAUUUUUUCCCCUCCUUUUCUUCUUAUGUUGACUUUAUGUGACCUUUCCAAAUCAAUUGUAUACAUUAAGCAUAUCCAUCUAUCAUCUGACUGAAAAAAAAAGAGAAAGAGCCUCCAUUUCCCAUUCGUCACUAAAACAGGUAAUCUCACUAUCCACCUCCAAUAAUAAAACCGCAGCAGGCCUAUCAAUUGCCCCCGUCAAC